AUUGUGAAUAUUCACCAAAUUUAUACUUGGAAAAUCAAGACAAAUUAGAACAAAUUCUCUUGCUAUACGUAAUAGCUCAAAAUGAUAAGGUAAAUGAAGAAAUUCAAAUUGAACAAUAUAGAUUACAAGAAUUGGAGAAUAGCUUAAGCAUUAAUGAUGCUGAUG